AUGAGAUUUGCGACAUGGCAUGUUAGGAGCCUCUUCAGACAAGCUGCAUUCCGAGAAGUCGUAGAAGAACUGACCAAGUACAGAAUAGAACUGUGCGCUUUGCAGGAGAUAAGAUGGCCUGGUAAAGAAAUAUUGUAUAAGAAGGAUAGUACUCUGUUUUACAGCGGUAGUACAGACAGAAAAAACCAGUUUGACACAGGUAUCUUUGUGAGUAAUAAACUGAGCGACAAAGUCACAGAUUUCGAAUCAAUAACCCCCAGAAUUCGAAUGCAUGCCGUGCCACAUAAUAUCACUAUAAUCUCGGCACACGCUCCAACGGAGGACAAGAGCGUCGAAGAAAAGACCGAAUUCUAUCGCGAGCUCGAGGAAGCAUACGAUAGCACCCCUAGCUUCGACAUAAAAAUCAUCUUGGAAGAUUUCAACAGCAAGAUUGGAAAAGAAAAAAUCUUUCACCCCACAAUUGGAAUACAUAGUUUAUACGACACAACAAGCACACUUGGUUCUUGGUUCCUACAUAAAAAUGUUCACAAGGGUACGUGGAUCACCAGACGGACAAACGGUAAACAAAAUCGAUCACGUCCUGGUGGAUAUGAGAUGUGCAACGCAUAUAACAGAUGGGAAUGUGCGGAAGCGAUUAGAACCAAGAACAAAGCUAGGGAAAAAUGCCUCAACAAGGAAACCAGGAUACCAAUAGACAACUAUAGAGAGGCAAGAAAAAACGCCAAAAAGCUACUGAGAAGGAAGAAGAGAUCAUUCUUGAGAGAAAAACUGAAAUCCAUAAAAAAAGAACGAACUUUAUCCGGCGAACUGGCAACAAGUCAGGAAGAAAUAAUACAAAGAUGCCUGGAACAUUUUACGGAUACCUUCGCGGUACCGGAGAACGAAGAGGACAAUACACAGGCGUAUAGCACCUCUGAAUUACGGGAGUACGCCCAUCUCCCAACAAUAACGGACAUCAAGGAGGCGGUGAAGUCCUUAAGGGACUAUAAAGCACCAGGGAUAGAUACGAUCACCGAAGAAAUGUUGAAAAACGCGGGUAACGCAGCGUACAAAGUUCUGCACUGGCUGGUAGAGCUCAUCUGGCAGGAGAAAGGCCCAACCCCAGAGGACUGGAUGGGAAGCCUGAUCAACCCUAUCCCUAAGAAGGGAGAUUUAACAGAAUCCUAG